UCUCUCUCUCUUUUUCCUGUACAAACAUAUCUCUUUUUUUUAACCCCAAUUCCCUAUUUCCUUUUUUAUAAAAUGAAAGCUGAAUACUGUGUAGACUACUUGUCAUAUAAAUGGAAUACAGAUGAUCUAAUACAAACUUAUCGAGAAACUCGUAAAUAUUCCAUUAUCUGUAAAUUAAACCACGAUAAGCAUGAAGAUUAUAAACACAAACGAUUACAAAAUGCACUUUGGAGAGAAAUGGCAAGGAAUUGCACAUCCAAUUUGAGUCAACCUAAUAAGUUAGUUGAUCCAUCUUCAGUGAGCUGGCAAAAGGAAUCUGAUAUCACAUGGUUAUAUGGUCCUAUUUAUACAAAUGAAACACAAACAUACUCUGUACCUGCUUCUGACCAUCUCCAAGGAAUAAAGCCUGUUUUGAAAAAACAUAGCACCAUGAUUGUGCAACCUACAACAUUACCGACUUGCUCCGACGAUACCAUGCUUGAAUUAUUCGAUUAUUACUCAUCUUCAUUCACAACAACAAGAAAUAAUAGUUUCAGUAGCAUCUCAUCAUCAUCCACAUCCACAUCCACAUCGCAUAGUACUAAAGUGGGUGUCUCUUUUAAUCCAGAAAUCAUUGAAAUUGAAUACCAACCAGAAUACCCAGUGUCGCCUUUGCUACAGAGUGAAGAUGAAGAAGAGAGUAACAAAGAAGAAGAUGAUGUAUGGUCAUCUUUAUUACUUUAUGUUCAAAGAAAUCAUUCAGCUGUGAAUAUUUUUAUUUUACUAUUUAAAUCAUUUGUUUCCAUCACAACCACUUGGUUACUAUAUCAACGCUUAUCAAAAUGGACUACCAAGAAGAAAAAUUUCUGUAAAUAA